UUUACGAGGCGAUCAGAUCAGACUCUGUGUCUGCGUGUUGGUCACAUCGGAGCUCGUUCCUGUAAUUGAAUUAAGCUCUGUUGUUUCCAGAAUCUAUUAGAAACUCGUCAGUGAGCCACGUGGCCUGAAAUGAUCUUUCACAGUCACACCAGUUUAUUUUGAGCGAUUCAUACGCUGCCCCGCUGCUGCAGAAAGAAAAAAACUAGAGCACUAAAAGCCAAAAAUAGUCCCUGAAAUAUCCACCGUUCACUCCUCUUUAUUAUUGUCAAGCAUGUUUAACAUGAAAUAAACCAAUAGUUCCUGCUGGGUUUUUGCAGCCUGUUACAGAACGACCUGAGCCCGGUUCACAGCCCAGCGGGUGGGAACUAUAGAUCCAAGAGGACGUCACCAGAUAUCAGACGCGCAUGACGCCUCUGCUUGUUUGUAUUUUCCGUGGCCGUCUCCAGUGACUGCUCUGAAAACCUAAUUUCUCCUCAGGGACCAUCAUGGUUUCAUGUUUUCUUCUCGCCCUCUGACGCUGCCCCUCUGGCAGGGGGGUCGUAACUAAGCCUUCUCCAAAAGGCCGGGGAAAGCCCUGGAGAUAGAGACACCAAUGGGUUUGUAGGUUGGAGGGAUGUAACACUAUGUAUAGCUUUGAAAACAGAGAAGAAGGAAUCAGGCGUUGAGGAGGCCGGAGGCUCUCGCAGUCAUACAUCACAGCCUGCGGAGGACGGAGGGUUUGAAUUCCAGGCAGAGCUCGCAGCCAAACGUGACUCUUCCUGAGUUUAUUUUAUUCUAAAUUCAACAUUUCUACAUUUACAAAGUGCGACAGAACAACAGAAUAACAAGGAAGAGAGGAAGAGUUGUUGACCUUCAGGAGAAAAGUCCCGCUUCCAAGUUCAGCUCCGACCUUAAUAAACCAGCAGCCCUCCAGGAUCCGGAGCAGAGCCCGGAGCGUCCAGCAGCACUAUGGGCAGAGAGGACAACAAGUGUGCUUCUCCGGGAGACGAUGAUCAACCCAAAACAGACGCUGACAGACGGACGGGAAGCUUCAACCAAAGCACUCUCUGCACCAGCGCAGGAAGUAGCACCUCGGCUGAAGACAACUCGCUCCUCUCUGGUCUGUCUGGUGACAAUGCUGUCAGCGCUGAAGAUGACGGAGCACAGAGGAGUCAGAGGGGAACGAGCUGUGAGGACGAUGAAGACGGACACCUGGUCUAUCACAUCGGCCUGCUGAUGAAAGAAAGAUAUGAGGUGAUUUCUACUCUGGGAGAAGGAGCCUUCGGUAAAGUGGUGGAGUGUAUCGACAGAGACAAAGACGAACGUGUGGCCGUGAAGAUUGUGAGGAACAUCGACAGUUUCAGUGAAGUAGCGAGGUCUGAGAUCUCAGUGCUGCAGGAGAUCAACAGUCUGGACGACGACAACAGAUUCGCCUGUGUGAGGAUGCUCGACUGGUUCGAGCACGGCGGUCACGUCUGCAUCGUGUUCGAGCUGCUCGGCAUCAGCACCUUCGAGUUCCUCCGACAGAACGACUUCCUGUCCUUCAGCGUGGAGCAGAUCAGACACAUGGCCUUCCAGAUGUUCAGAGCCGUCUGCUUCCUACAUCGUAACAAGCUGACACACACAGACCUGAAGCCAGAGAACAUCCUGUUUGUGAGCUCCGACUACGACCUGGUGUACAACGAGGAGACGAAGUGUAAGCAGAAGAAACUGAGGAGUUUGGAUGUGAAGGUGGUGGAUUUUGGCACGGCCACAUUUGACCACGACCACCACGAAUCUCUUGUGUCAACACGUCAGUACAGAGCUCCAGAGGUCAUACUGGAUCUGGGCUGGAGUCAGUCGUGUGACGUUUGGAGUCUGGGCUGCGUCCUCAUGGAGUUUUUCCUGGGACGUGUGCUAUUCAUGACCCACGACAGCAGAGAACAUCUGGCCAUGAUGGAGAAGGUCCUGGGACCGAUUCCCCCUCACCUGCUGAAGAAGACCAGUAAGAAGCAUUAUGUUCACAACGAGCGUCUGAACUGGGACGAGCAGGGCUCCUCGGGCGAUUACAUCAGGAAACACUGUAAACCUCUGAAGCAGUUCAUGCAGCGGGCGAGCGAGGAGGAGCGGCAGCUGUUCGACCUGCUCAGCUGCAUGUUGGAGUACGACGUCUGCAGACGCAUCACGCUGGAGGAGGCGCUGUGGCACCCGUUCUUCAGCCCGGAGAGGACACACAAGCACCAGCGCAGCUAGCACACACACACACAGUCACACACACUCACACACACACACACACACACUCACACACACACACACACACACACUUUCAACAUCUACCUUAGGCUGUAAUUUAAGAGACGCUGCAGGUGAAGAGGGUCAAACUUUAAUUGAUAGAUAUCGCAGUGAAACCAACAUUAAUGUCCAGAACAGGAACCAGAACAGUUUUAUUGUGUCGACAUAUUAGAGUCGAAGUGAAUUUCAAUCAAUCAAUCAAUCAGAAAACUGUUGCAUGUUUUUAGUAUUAACAUGUCUGUCAGACCUUCAGAAUAUAAAGAGGAAUAAAACUGUAAAGUUCAGACAUCAGCAUGAUUCUCUACAGCUGAUUAGUGACAUUAAGACAAUUAUUUUAUUCUAUUACAAGUUUUCUGAUAUUGGAUGUGAACUUGUACUGUUGACGUUUUCACUCGUGGUGUCUCCACGACGACUAAACUGUUUGUGUUUGUGGUUGUGAGUCGAUGAGUUGGAUGGUUGUAGUUUGAUUUACAGCCUCCACAGUUUCAGAGAGCAUUCCUGUCUAUUUCUGACAUCCCGUCAUCAUCCCGUCCUUGUAAAAAGUCACUUGUUAUGUUGAACAUUUCCUUGUUUUCCUCCAGUGAUUCUUUGUCAUUUGUGUUUGAUAAUAAAUAUUCUGCUUU